GCGGGCGCUUGUGUUGUUUUACAAAGCAUUCUGGGUAAACGUGGCUUGGAAAGAAAAUGGGAAGAUCCUCCAAAGAUAAAAGAGAUAUUUAUUAUCGCUUAGCCAAAGAAGAAGGCUGGCGAGCACGAAGUGCAUUCAAGUUGCUGCAACUCAAUGAGGAUUUUGACUUGUUUUCUGGUGUUAGUAAAGUCGUAGACCUAUGUGCAGCCCCAGGAAGUUGGAGUCAAGUGUUGAGUAGAAAGUUGAUUGAAGAAAAACAAGAUGAGGAGGGAGAAAAACCAAAAAUUGUGGCAGUCGACUUGCAAGCUAUGGCCCCUCUACCUGGUGUAAUACAGAUACAAGGAGAUAUCACAAAGACAUCAACAGCGAACCAGAUUAUUAGCCAUUUUGAGGGAGAGCACGCAGAUCUGGUCAUUUGUGAUGGUGCUCCUGAUGUUACGGGACUCCAUGACAUAGAUGAAUAUAUCCAAGGCCAGCUCCUUCUCGCUGCACUCAACAUCACAACACAUGUACUCAAGCCUGGUGGAAAUUUUGUUGCCAAGAUUUUUCGAGGGAAAGAUGUGUCUCUUCUGUAUGCACAGCUCAAGGUAUUUUUUCCAACAGUGACAAUCUGCAAGCCCCGUAGUAGCAGGAAUUCUAGUAUUGAGAGUUUUGUGGUUUGUCAAGGCUAUGCUCCCCCACAAGGAUACAAGCCAACCAUGUCAAAUCCUCUCUUGGACAGUCAUCAAAAUCCUGACUUUAACAGCCUUGAAGGUGUGAACCGCAUUGUCGUCCCAUUCCUGGCUUGCGGAGAUCUCAGUGCUUAUGACUCUGACCAGACUUAUAAACUAGAUGUCCAAGAGGGUAAAGAAUACACCUCGCUACCCCCAACACAAGGUCCAAUCGAUCCACCGUACAAGACUGCUUGCUUUUUGAAAAAGAACACAAUGCUUGCUUCUCAACAGGCUAGCUGUACAACAACUAGCAGUAGUGAGCUACAGAAUACAGGAAACAUUAAGGGCAGAACAGGAGUCAGUUAGUUGUAAAGAAUACAGUUCGGAUGCUGUUAACACAGGCAGCCCAUGGUGAGUGCCAGUCAGUAAUAUGACGACUACCAUAAUCACCAUAAGAGAGAUAUCUCUCCACAUUAGUGGUUAGUAAAGCCCUAUUUGGGGAGCAUAAGUUAACAUUUUUUUGUCAGCCAUGUUGGAUUCUAUGUAUAGAGAGCAUAGGCAAUAAUAUUUAGUAAGUACAGCUUUCUUUAUCCAGUUCUUCGGCUAUUAAAUUUAGCAAUUUUUUUAUAGACACCUAGCUAUUAGUCAUUUUUUAAAGAAUGACUGGACCUACCUGUGAAUAAAGGAACAGAUAAGCUCACUGGCCACUAAAUAGAGAGACGUUCGAGGCUCUGGGACCAGGGUAGUAGAAUGUUAAACUGGUAUGUUAUUCUUACAUUAAAAAAUAUAUAUAUUAUAAUAUAUAUAGGAUUUGGGAAUCCUUGGUCUGGUGUCUGAGUGUUCCAACAAGGAGAGGUUAAUAUAUGAGUGAAAUGAAGAUGGGGAUAAAUCUCAUUGUGUAUAGGUAAAGUUUAUUUAUUAUCCCGAGGGGCACCAAAAAUAUGGGGGAAGCGUAAGGGGGGGGGGCACGGAAAAUUUUGUUCCUCCUGAAGGGGGGGCCAACUAAUUUUAUCCAUUACUUUUAUCGAAAUCCUCACGCCCUCCCUCGGGAUAAUAAAUGAACUUUCCCAUAUAUGGUUUUUUAAAACCAUGCAUGCACAAUACAUUGUAUCAUUAAGUAUAUACAUCAUAAUAUAUAGAAAUCAAUUCUCAAUGCUCCUCAGAUCCUCAACUCUACAUCUAAACUUGUAGAAGGGUUAUGUAAUCUUGCAACCCUAUAUAAUAUUAUCUGCUCUGCAAUCAAUGUGUUUUAUUGUGAGUCUGAUACAUUGAUCCAACCAAUGGCGUUUCUUGAUUCAAUCUAUGCUAUGUAGAUUUAUUUUGUCUGCAUUAUUUUUUUAGAUUUGUUUUUCAUACUUUAGUAAACAUAACAGUCUAGUUUUGAUUCAUUUUAGAUGAAUCAUAAUUUGCAUAUUCAUUGUCUCAUCAAGAAUUCAUAACUGACAGAACAUAAAAAAUAUCUUGUUUUUGCAUUCAUUGUAAGCUCCUAAAAAAAUCAUUACAUUUACCAAAUAUCAUCUUUUUCAACACUGAAACUUUAUUAUUGAAAAAAAUAUUGAAGAAAAAAGAGUGUUGUUUCUUCAAAACACUUAAAAAACUAUUUGUUUGGCUUUUAUGCACCAGUAUAUGUGAUGCCUACUCUCUAAGUUGGAAGGUCCCACUAUUUUAGCCAAAGGGGUUUCUUUGUAAACAUAAAAUUCUGGGGAAAUGUCUCUAUUUUGUAGAGAUAUGAAAUUGUAAAUGAACAUACUUAAUAGAGAUAAUAAUCGAUUGUCUCCAUUAGUUUAAACAUUGAAAAGAUUACAGUACUACUUAUUAUUGUAACAUUUUCUGCCGGCACAUGUCAUGUGUGUGUCAUGCAGUUUAAUAAAUGUAAUAAUAAAUCUUAAAAAUGUACAUGUCCCUCAAAUAAAACACCAAACAACAUGGA